AACGUAAGUUAUGACGUCAAGGUUAUAGCGAUUAGCCAAGCCACCGGCCCAGAUGGAGUGAAUUAACGCAAACGCAGCUGGAACAUUGGUACGGACUUGUCAGCAGACUCUUAUCUAUCUAGUGUCGCUUUAGGCUGAGCCGUCCCACAUUUUGGGUUGUGGUUUGUUGGAAGAGCCACGUGUACAGGAACUGGAGUCUGACAGCUUGCCUGACUAAGACUACCUAUCCUCAGGCAGUCAUGGCUGUUUGCAAGAGACGGUGGUGCAGAAACCCCCAGGCUGUGUCUCUGCUUUUCUGUAUCCUGCUCCACACCAUGGAUGUGCAUGCGCGGCCAGCCAACAUGUCAGCCGCCAAAGACAAGGCUCCAGCCAACAAGGACGACAAUGAGAUUCUUCCACCUGACCACCUGAAUGGGUUGAAGAUGGAGAUGGACGGGCACCUCAACAAGGACUUCCAUCAGGAAGUUUUCUUGGGGAAGGAGAUGGAGGAGUUUGAUGAAGACUCUGAGCCGAGGAGAAACAGGAAAAAGCUUAUUGAAAUUUUCAAAAAAGUUGACUUCAACAAGGACAGGAGUGUGAGCGCCAAAGAGAUGCAGCGGUGGAUCAUGGAGAAGACGGAGGAGCACUUCCAGGAAGCCAUGCAGGAAAACAAGAACAGUUUCCGUGCUGUGGACCCAGAUGGCGACGGUCAUGUGACAUGGGAUGAAUACCGAGUGAAAUUUCUAGCCAGCAAAGGCUUCAAUGAAAAAGAAAUUGCAGAGAAAAUAAAGAAUAAUGAAGAUCUGAAACUGGAUGAUGAAACUCAGGAGGUUUUGGAAAGCCUGAAAGACCGCUGGUUCCAGGCUGACAACCCCCCCGGUGACCAACUGCUGAAUGAGCAGGAGUUCCUGUCGUUCCUUCACCCUGAGCAUAGCAGAGGCAUGCUCAGAUACAUGGUCAAGGAGAUCGUACACGACUUAGAUCAGAAUGGUGAUAAGAAACUGACCCUGUCAGAGUUCAUCUCUUUACCCGUGGGCACCGUGGAGAACCAGCAGGCUCAGGACAUUGACGAUGACUGGGUUCGAGAGAGGAAGAAGGAGUUUGAGGAAGUCAUUGAUGCAGACCGUGAUGGCAUUGUCACCAUGGAGGAACUGGAGGAAUACAUGGACCCAAUGAAUGAGCACAAUGCUCUGAAUGAAGCCAAGCAGAUGAUUGCCGUCGCAGAUGAAAAUCAGAAUCACCAUUUGGAGGUGGAUGAGAUACUCAAGUACAGCGAAUACUUCACAGGCAGCAAGCUCAUGGAUUAUGCCAGAAAUGUUCACGAGGAGUUCUGAGGACAAAUCGAUCCUUCCCCUCUGUCUGCUCAGGAAGUGAGCUGAUGGAGCACUGCUACAACUGUGCAAUUGUGUUUAAAGCCUAGCCUCAGCAGCCUUUUUCACUGCUGACCCCAGUUAGUACCCCCUUUAUUUUAGCCCUGGACUGUCUACCAGCCAUCAGUUAACUUGGUCUGCCUUCGGUGUGCCACUGGACUUUGACUUUUAAAUGAUGAGAUGCUCAUCUGCUCUAAAUUUAUGUUAUUGUGAAAUGUGUGUAUAUGAGGAAUUUGACCCUCCCAAAUAGAUUUUCAGAUGCAGUGGUGAGAGAGACUGCCCAGCUAGGUGAAUUGUUUGUACUGCAGGUUAUUUUUAGCUG